AAAACAAGAAAUCCAAUUUCAAAAUCCAAUUAAAUCUCGUUUCACUUCGAGCUCGCCGCUCACGUUACACCGCCUACUCGCUACUUGUUUGAUACAUCGGUGGAUGCCUGAUGUUUUUGUUGCAUUUAUACAGGACAGAGAUAUCCGGACAUGGAUCAGGUCGUGCCCGUCGGCUCACCAGCCUUGACAUCCGUACUUUGAUUUUGAUUCCCAAACGAAGAGGGGAAAAAAAAAAAGAAGAAGAAGAAGAAGCGGAUAUGAGCCUAUAUACUAUGCGUAGGGUCUCUCUUGGGCUGGGACACUGUGCGGACGGAAGGAGGCGUGACGACCUGCUGGCCAUGUCACAGCAGGAGCAAGCGCAACAGAGGCUUUUUGGAAAUAAGGCAUACAGCUUCACGGGAUGGAGCGAGAGAAAACAAAAAGAACUACUGCAAAUGUCUUUUCGAGGUAAAAGAUAGAAGAACGCUCGGAAAUGGACGAAGGCCAUGAAGAGACAUUGAAAGAAGGAUUGAGAGAACAGUCGACUCAUACCCUGCCUCCUCACUACACCGUCUCCCCCCCUUUUUUUUUUUUUUUUUAGUUUCAAGUGUUUCGUCUUGUGCUGUCGUUUGGAAUUAUUUGUAGUGAUGGACGUGAGGAAGAAGAAAAAAGUGGUGCGUGAAUAAUGUGAAAUGACAGCAGUUUUGUGUGCUGGAAGUUGAAAUGUCGACCCGGAACAGCAGCGUGAAUAGUAGCAGCGAAUCCGCCUGUCAACUGAUGAACGAACAUUUCGAUAUCGCAACGGGUGUCAUCGUUUCGUGUAACUUGCUCAUCUCGUUGCUUGCCACUUUUGGCAAUCUCCUCGUCAUUGUGGCUGUGGUUCGUUAUUCCAUCCUACGGACGCCUACCAAUCAUUUUGUGGCCGCCCUCGCCCUGGCGGACCUUCUGGUCGGACUCGUCAUUCCGUUCUACGUUUCAUUCUAUUUCGAUUUACCCGAUUACGCUUGCAAUCCAACCAUUUGUCAAAUUAAAAACUUUGUAGCCAUGUGGACGACGUUGUGCUCUUUCAUGUUACUCAUCGGCGUCGCUCUCGAUCGCUACGUGUCCAUUAUUCAUCCGCUGGCGUAUCCGAGGCUCGUCAGUCGACGCAUCUCACGAUCCAUCGUCGCUUUUGUGUGUCUUUACGUCACCGGGUUUGUGACUUUACCCUACCUUUGGACUGGAGCCCUUAAGGAUUUGACGGUAAUGACCGAAUGCGAUCUGGUUUACGUCUCAGCCGCCAACUACGCCGUUUUAUUCUGCGCCCAUUUGGCUCUGUCUCUUAUCGUCACUACUUUCCUUUAUGCCCACAUUUUUCGCGAGGCUUGGCGCCAGAAUCGACACCAUUUGCAUCACGAAGCCAAAACUGCUCUCAUGAUGGUGUUGAUCUUUGGAGUGAACAUCGUGAGCACUCUACCCUAUCUGAUAGUUGUUGGCAUCCGAUAUCGACACAACGAACAAAUCGACCAGACGGCACUCAGUCGAGCUAAAAAGGUUGUCAUGAUCUUGUAUUUUGGAAAAUCAGCCAUCAAUCCUCUCAUUUACGGUUGGAAAAAUCGUGAAUUUCGCAUGGCUUUCGCGCGUUUAUUACGUUACGUUCCUUGUUCCAAGUGGGCAAUGGAACGCUCGUUGAGUUCAAUGGAAGUCGCCACAGGAAUGGGAUCCAGAGCUGGAUCUAUCCAGCAAUCCGAGCGACGGCGAUCGAGUAAAAUCUAUCAGCUAGAACUGCCACCUAUCGAGUGGACGAUGAACUCGAACGAACUUCCCGGUGAAUAUCUCCAGCAAACACCAUUCACAGCAGACGACCAUCACGUCACUCACUUGUAAAAUUCCAAUUCAAUCGAUGCGUUUCAAAAAGUUUUCACCCAGUAUUCGGGUACGCCAAGGGUUGUUCAAGUCAAUUCCCUCAAUUCUCGGUUUUUAUGUUUAUAGAUGCUUGCCAUUAUGCUGAUAAAAUGUGUAAUACGAUAUCCCAUAGACUGUUAUUCUAAAUGGCAAUUGAAAUGUGUUCUCGUUAUGUUUACAACCACGUUUUAUGUUAUUUGUAUUUCCUCUUUAUCCGUCUGUAACGCAUGCUAAUACUCGUGUCUUUGUCAAAUCAAACACAUCUUAUAAAUAGCACCUAACUGGCUGAAAUCCCCCCCCCCAAUUGACGUAAUAAAAAAAAAUAUAUGAAUCA